CUAUUUAAAGCGUAUCGACUGCAACCCUUCAACUUCGAAACAACCUAAAGAUCGAUUCAAAACCCUAAGAAAGCAGUUAGGACUGUUCAAGCUAUGGCCUCGAAAAGGAUUAACAAGGAGCUUAGGGACCUGCAAAGGGAUCCUCCUGUCUCAUGCAGUGCCGGUCCUGUGGGAGAUGAUAUGUUCCAUUGGCAAGCAACUAUCAUGGGUCCAUCCGAUAGCCCCUUCGCCGGAGGUGUGUUUCUUGUUUCCAUUCACUUCCCGCCAGAUUACCCCUUCAAGCCACCAAAGGUUUCUUUCCGCACAAAGGUUUAUCACCCGAAUAUCAACAGCAAUGGCAGCAUCUGUCUUGACAUUCUGAAAGAGCAGUGGAGCCCUGCGCUUACCGUAUCCAAGGUUCUUCUGUCGAUCUGCUCAUUACUGACAGAUCCAAACCCUGAUGAUCCUCUGGUUCCAGAAAUAGCUCACAUGUACAAGACAGACCGAGUCAAGUACGAGACCACUGCCCGUUCCUGGACCCAGAAGUAUGCAAUGGGAUGAGCGGGGAUUGGCAAUAAUUAUCUGCACAAGUGCAUUGCACAUUGUCUAAGAAGAGGAGAAAUAAGAAAGGAAAAAAAAAACACUAUAGUGUGGCUCUUUAUUACUUUUAUUAUCUUAAGCCGUGUGUUGGGGUGUACAUGAGCUUUUUUUUUACUAUGUCUAGUUGAGAUAUUGCAAUGCUUUGAGUGAAUAAAUUGGCUAUUAUAUAUGAUUAAGAUGUGUCAGACUCUUGCUAAUGUGUAUGAAGAACAUACAAACUUCUCAAAUAA